AACAUAUAGUUUGGGUUAGUUUGAGUGUCUCUCUCUUUCUUUUGAGCCAUUAUCGCUAUUUACAAAACAAGCUUUAUAUAAUUAACUCUCAAUUAAAUUCGGUUAACGAAGAGAUUGUGUUGAAAGUCGGCAACCGAUUUGCCUAAUCGCGACCCACGAAUUGUUUACGACCGUCCGAAAGUUGAUAAAACCGUGUGUUCCCAACCGAUUCGAGUGCGUCGAAUAAACCGAUAAAAGCGGGGCUAGUUUUUGGAUAAUACGUCGUGCAAAAUGUCUGUGGUUGCACGUGCUCUGUGUAGUUCAUCGAGAAGGUUUUUGCAAGGCCCGCAUGCAAUCCAGAAAAAGGCCAAUUGCAGAUCUAUCCAGACCACUUUGCAGGUCUACGCAGACAGGCUUUUUACGGAAAAGCACGAAUGGGUGCUAGUGGAUGGUAAAGUUGGAACUAUCGGGAUUUCCGAUUAUGCCCAGGAAGCUCUGGGCGACGUGGUUUACGCCCAACUGCCAGACGUGGGCACUGAAUUGAAGCAGAAAGAUGAAUGUGGCGCACUGGAGAGCGUGAAGGCGGCCAGCGAGAUCUACAGCCCAGUCAGCGGUAAAGUGCUGGAGAAAAACGAGGCUGUAGAAGAGACGCCGUCCUUAAUCAACUCGUCAUGUUACGAUAAAGGCUGGCUGUUCAAGCUGGAAUUGAGCAACGACUCGGAACUGCAGGACUUGAUGAACGAAUCCAAAUACAAGGAGUACCUCAAAACGCAAGAGAGUCACUGAGGUUCAGCCCGAUAGAGAAAUGCUAAACUUUGCUGUCUUGAUUUAAGUCGAAUAAAUUAAGUUAUUGUGUGA